AUGUGUGUGGGAAGGUUGAAGAGGAUGAAGAGCCAAAAGAAGGUGAAGAAGCAAAUGGUUGCUGAAGCUUCACGUAAGAUGCUUUUGAUAUUGAAUUUUCUUUUCCUUGUGCCAGUGAAUAUGGACUAUGGCCUUGAUCCAACAAUAGGGAAGGCCAUAAUACAGGCAGCUGAGGAGGUCGCAGAGGGAAAGUUAGAUGAUCACUUCCCACUUGUUAUCUGGCAAACUAGCAGUGGCACACAAAGCAACAUGAAUGCCAAUGAGGUAAUUGCAAAUAGGGCAUCUGAGAUCCUUGGACACAAGGGCGGUCAGAAGUAUGUGCACCCAAAUGACCAUGUGAAUAGGUCACAAUCUUCAAAUGAUACAUUUCCCACUGUAAUGCAUAUAGCGACGGUCGUUGAGAUACUUUCAAGGUUUAUCCCAAGUUUGCAACAGUUGCAUGAUUCACUUCAUUUGAAAGGAUUCAGCUUGAAGUUGAAACAUUAG